GGGUCCCAUUGAGAAGGCGACUCUGUUGGACUUGGUGCUGUUUACAAGCGGAGGCGGCGGAGAGGAGCGGCGGCUCGAAGGCAGCGCCCAAAAGCCCGGCCCAGGAGGAUUGCGGGGACUUCGGGAGAGUUUGGGGGAGCCUCUGGCAGAAAGGGAGCCCCCGGAAGCCCCCGAUCCCACCUUCUCCGCAGAGAUCUGCGGAGGAAAAGGCCCAAAGGGUGGAAGGCAGCUCCGUGGGAAGGAGCACGACCUCAACCGUCGCCCGGCUUUUGCAGAGAGGAGCUCCUGGUUCGAGAGAGAGAGAGAGAAGUUGUUUGAUGUAAUUCCUGAGACUACAGUCUGCUGUAUCAUUUCGUGGUAGAGCUGGUAUGAGACGUUUAUGCUUGGUUCUACAAUGAGUAUGCCACGACUGCCAAACAAGAUGCCCCCGGAGUUUAGGAAUAUGUGUGUGCUGCUGCCAAACCGAGACCAACUCAGCGUGACCGUCGGGGCAAAAGCAACUGGACAAGAACUUUUUGACAAAGUUUGUGACAUUCUGAAAAUUAAGGACCCCCACUUCUUUGGCAUCAGUGUUGUAAAAAACAAUGAAUAUGUAUUUAUUGACCUGGAGCAGAAACUUUGUAAAUACUUCCCAAAGGAGUGGAAGAAGGAAACCAGCAAAGCAACAGAGAAGUUCAGCCCUCCUUUGGUUACUUUCUUCAGAGUACAGUACUAUGUAGAAAAUGGACGAGUCAUAAGUGACAAGGUAGCCCGGCACUAUUACUACUGUCACCUCAGGGAGCAAGUCCUGAGAUCUCGGUGUACAGACAAAGAAGAAAUCUACUUUCUGUUGGCUGCCUAUGGUCUGCAAGUAGAUGUGGGUGACUACCAGGAAGAUUUUCAUAGAGAAAACUAUUUUGAACCCCAGACUUAUUUUCCACAAUGGAUAAUUGCAAAGCGGGGGAGUGAUUACAUCCUGAAGCAUGCUCCAAAAAUGCACCGAGAACAGCAAGGCCUGUCAACCAAAGAAGCUAUCCUGCAGUAUGUCAAGGAAUCAUGCUUGUUGGAAGACGUGCCUGUCCACUUCUACAGAUUGCAGAAGGAUAAGAAGGAGGAGCGCCCUACAAUCAUCCUAGGUCUAACCCUUAAAGGGAUGCACAUUUACCAGGAAGUGAACCAUGUUCGCCAACUUCUCUAUGAUUUCCCCUGGUCAUAUAUUGGGAAACUUGCAUUUCUGGGGAAGAAGUUUGUGAUCCAGCCUGAUGGUUUGCCUUCUGCCCGUAAACUGGUAUACUAUACCGGCUGUCCUUUUCGAUCUCGGCACUUGCUGCAAUUGCUCAGCAACAGUCACCGUCUUUUUCUUAACAUCCAGCCUGUACUUAAGCAGAUCCAAUUGAUGGAAGAUGCAGAAGAGAAGAAACGAUAUCGGGAAUCCUACAUCAGUGAUACAUUGGAGAUGGAUCUUGAUCCAUCAGACAAGCAUUCACAUGACAGUGGAAGUAGCAGAGGCAGUGAGAGAAACAAUCGGUUGUCUCGACAAUCAACAGAUAGCCAUGGCAGCUCCCAUACAUCUGGCAUAGAGACUGAUUCAAGACACCGGAUCUCUGUGGAGAUGUCAGUGGAUGAACCCUUUGUUAUGAGUCGGGUUCAUCAGAAAGACCAGUCUUGUAGCUCAAAUAUCAGCUGUGGCAGUUCUGGCAUUGAUAGUGGUGGCAAAGAGAGAGCAGAAGAAGAUUCUCAGGAUGAUGAAGUUGAGUUAGUAGUAGACGAACCAGAAGAAGUACCAGUGGAUGGAUCUCCAUUGGAAGAAGUGGUUCAUGAAGAGUCUGUUGAUUCUCAUUCAGAAAAUGGUGUAUGUUGCGAAGAUGUUAAUAAGAACCAUCUUUCAGUAGUACAAGUCACGUUAAUAAAAGUGAAAGGCCAAAGUGUGGAAUCCCUUCAGAUUACACAGCCCAAAGCUACGAAGUGCCCUGACCAGCAUAGCCAAAGUCUAGAUGACAUUCGUCUUCACAAGUGUCUUCACCCACCACUCAGUGCCACCCUGUCUUCAGAUACCUCCCACAGCUACACCUUUGGUUGUGCAUUAGAGGACAAACUGGCCAGCUAUGGAUGUGUUUAUUCAACAGCUGACUGUAAAACCAAGUCAGCUCUCUAUGGAAAGAGAUCUAUGAACUGUUUGUCUCUGGACCUCUUGGGAGAAGAUCAGCUUCCAGAGGAAUUUGUGGUGUGAUCACACUGAAGAAGCACUUGGGUCCAUCUGGCUGAACAGCAUCUGCAAAAAUGAAAUGACUAAUGGUCAAAUGGGAAAGAGAAGCUGUUCUCUCCCUGUAUCUCUAUACCUCAUAAUGUGGGAAAGCUGCUUAUUGCUUGCCCCUCUGUGGUUUAUCCUUUUUUGUUCAACAGACCUGAUCAAAGUGCAAGUUAAUAGUUAAAGUUGUCAUUGCUCCAGUAUUGGAGGAGGGCUUUUGAACCAUUGGCAAGAACAUCUUUCUCUCUAAAAUGCCUGGUGGGCAAAUGAUUUACACUAACGAACACACUUGGCAGACACACAGCUAUAUUUGCUUACUUUUUUAAGACAAACUGGUUUGCUGUAUUGUGGGUUUUCCCCCCACACUGCUUCAUCGUGUGUAAUUCUUUGGAAGAUUGCUUUCCCAGGAUGUCCCUCCAUUAACUAUCUGCCAAAAGUAUGCACUGCAAUGGCCUUGUGUCGUAAGCAGUUUUCAGUGUGUAUGUCCAAAUAUUUUGGAAAUAAUAGUGAUACCUGUUGACAUGUUUUAUUAUUGUGUAUUUUAAAUCUUCAAGAAGCUGUUUGAAUGCCAUUUCUUAUUUUAGCAUUUGCUUCUCCAAAUCAAAGCCAUUUCCUGCAAAAGUGACCAGAAAGUCAACUGCAGAUUAUUAUUUGAUACAGGUAGCAUUUUAUACCAGAUUAUUUGUAAGGUGCUGAAUUGCGCUGUAGGGCAACAUAUAAGAAAACUGUGAGUUGGUUUUUAGAAGUAAAAAUGUCAGAAAUUGCUUACAAAUGAUAACACAUGCCAGCAAUUUCUGUAGGACUUCUUUAUGACUUUCCCAGAACUGUAGAAAUAUGACAACUUUCCUUUGAGGUUUAUGGACAGUUCAGUGUGCAUUGGAAGUUGAUUUCACUAAGAUACAAACAGCCUUCCAUAGGGUGGUAAGAACAGAAGGUAGGGAAAGAAUCCUGUUAAUUAAGAUUGAUUCCAGAAUUAGUCUUAAUUCUGAAAUACUCCUUAAUCCUUUCUUUGUUUCACCAAGAAUGAUGCCUUAACUUUUAUGAACAAUGUAACAGUAUACUUCAUAUCUUCUUAAUAUGCUCUCCCCUCAUGGACCAGUUAAUACAUUCAUGUUUUUCACUCACUGACUGUAUGGACAAGUCAAAAUGACCUUUUAGCAUGGAGCCAAAUUUCUCUUGAAUUUUUACAGCACAAACCAAUAUAUUUUGAGUAGAAGGAGUGAGAGGGAUUUUAUGGUUGAAGGGUGGUUACAAUUCUGGGUAGCUCAGCAUCACAUCAUAGUUCUACAUUUUGACCUAAGUUUCCAGGUUCUGCCAAUAGUUUCCUUUUCCAGAGUGAAAAAGAAACCAUCACUAUCAUAGUUUUCCAGUAACCCCCAGUCCUUCCAAAGUACUUCAGUUUCACUCACUGCCACAUGAAAUAAAGUGACAUAACUCCCCCCUCAAUUGGGAUAGUAAAUUUGGAGGCAUGAUUCAAGUCAGAUUCAUUGCCUGUCCAUUUAAAUUAGCCCUUUAUCACUACUUCCCAAACUCUUAUUCCAGUACACAUACAAUUGCUUACAAGUGGAAAUAGCCAAUGCAUUUGACCUUGAAUUAUUUAAUGCUAGCCUAAACAAAAUAUCAAACUGAAAGCAUUGUUCCUCCUCUCCCCCUCCCCCAAUUAUAGAAGUGGAGGACCCAAACAACCAGCACAAUGUUAAAGCCCCACACUUGCAUUCGUAUCUGGAUCAAGCAGUCAUACACUUGUUUUUCCUACUCACACAAUUGUUAAUUAAGUUAUUUGUGUAUUUUCUUGUUUGACCCCCACUGUUGGGUAACAAAAAAAGAAGCAAACGAGCGUUGUACAUAACUGAGUUAACCCAUUCUAAAUAUUUCCAUAUAUUUUCAUUGUCUCCUUUCAUGUAGUGUUGCAUUGUUUCAAGUGCAGGUGUGCUUUGAUGGCAAAACUGAGAAUGCAAUUCAAGCAACAUAUGAUUAUCUUAAUAAUAUUAUUCCUUCUUUUUGCAGUAUAAUAUUUGUUUUGUCUACCCCAAGUUUGUUCCCUAGAACAUGUUCUUCUAGAUUGGCGUUGCUAUAGAGAUAAAUUAAGGGGUCAAGGAAACCCACUUCCCACAAAAUUGUAGGGCUGGCAAAACCAGUAACAUCUACAGGAGUUUUAUUUUAUCUGCUUCCAAGCAUUUAAAGAGGAGGAGCAGGGGGAGGAGGGAUGCAGAUGAAAGGUUACUGUUCUGACACAUUUUAUUUUCUUGCAAAAAGGAUGAGAAGGAAACCACAGGUUCUGGGAACUACCUGUAAAGAAGGUCUCUUUCACAACCCCCAUGAAAAUUAAUGAACGUUUCCCUUCUGUAGAGUUUGGGCAGGACCUCUUCCCAAUAGAUUGUGCCUCUUCUUAGUUUUGCUAGUUUGAGUUUUAGUGAUUGUUAUAAACCUAUUAGUUGCCCUAAGGCCUAUGUAUGGAAAUGGUGUUGGACUGCAGUUCUCAGUAUCCUGAGAAGUUGUCACCCAUCAAGAUGUAGGGCCUUUUCACGCUGCACACUUAAAGCUGUAUGGUCCCACUUUAAUUACCACAACUAUGUUCUGUGGAAUGCAGGAGUUGCAGUGUAGUGAGAUACUAGAAUUUUCUGGCUAGGGAUUCUAAAUGUACCUUCUUAAAAUGCAGAUCCCAAAAAUCCAUAUAAGGCUGCCAUGGUAAUUAAAAUGGAAGCAUAGUGCUUAAAUUGUGCAAUGUGAAAGGGCUCCUAGAGGGCCCCAGGAUUCCAGUCAUCCUCUUGGUAAUUUUAUUUUUUGAAUCUACUCUAUAGCACCUUCUCCCUCCUGUUUUAACAAAUGCUAACUUUCAUAUCCAUUGAGGACAUGUAUGAAACAUUAGUAGCAUCCCCUUCGAGUUGUUCCCUUCACAUGUUGCACAUUGCUUUAGGCUAUUAUAUACUUUCUCUGUUUUUAACCCAUAUAUUCAUAUUUAUUUUAUUUUAGUACGUGAAAAAGAAAAUCCUGCAAUUUUUCAUGUGCCUUGACCCAGCUUUUCAAGACAGGUAUAAUAUGAUAGUGUCCAGUAUGAGGGCUUGCUCUCCCAGGGAGUCAUGGAAUCCAGGAGUGAUCCUGCUAAAUACAGGUUGCUUAAAGUCUGGAUGAAUACUGUUCCCCCCACAAUCUUUUCUUUCCUAUUGAAAAGGUAAUAUGAAAAGCUGGACCAAGAGUGAUACAAAUGUGUCUUAAUGAAAAUUCUCCAAGAACUGUGAUGGUUAUUAUGCAAUUUUCUUUUGAGUCUCUUGAAUAUGAGAGUUCUCUCACACACACAGACAUACACACAUAUAUUGGUUUUCAUCAUAAGGUUCUGUUUUAUGUUUAGUUUAGCUGCAGUUUGGAAUUUUUAUUUUAUUGUUUAAAGGCUUUUAAUCUACUGAAGAUAUGAAAACCUGCUGUCAAUAUUUGUUCAGCUGUAAGAUACUGAUUGCAGUCACUCCAUUUUUAAUGACUGAUGUUCCUCCUUUCCAUGAAAGGAAAUCUUUUGUAUGGGAAAAACACAUGAACAACACACAUAGAUUGAUUUUUCUGUCUCUGUAUACAUAUGUAAUAAAAUGAUAGAAAAGCAA